UGUGGCCUAUACCAGUAAAAAAAAUUUCAUAUUUUAAUUCCAUUAAUCGUACCUGCUAUAAUAAUAUUGUUUGAUUUAUUUAAUAGUACGUUUUUGAACUUUUACACACAAAAUGUUGCCAAGCAUAUUAUUUCUUAGUACAAUUUCAUUUGCUGUAAUCGUCGUCACCAGUGCGUCGAAUAUUUUAGUGUUUAUGCCAAUGCCGUUUAAAAGCCAUAUUCGUGGAUUUCAACCGUUGUUCGAAGAGUUAGCUCACAGAGGACACAACGUAACCGUUGUCAGUUCCUACCCUCAAAAUCGUCAGAUUGCCAACUACACAGAUAUUGGACCAUUUUAUAUUAAAGAACUUGAAAGAAAUGUAAUGGAAAUGAUUAACAAGAACUUUGUGAUGUCGGCUUUGUCAGUAUGGGACCUUGGCUUAAAAUUGUCCAAAGUUUUGACACAUAAAUCAAUGGUGGACUUCUUCCAAACAACCUCUGACUCGUUUGAUUUAGUUUUAAUAGAAUCGUGUUGUCAAGAAUAUACUGUGGCCUUAGGCCAUAAAUUCAACGCCCCCGUUAUUAAUCUGGCGCCGGCCAUGAUCUGGAACAGUAUUAGCAAAUGGCUGCACGUCCCUUCCACGUUCUCUUACAUACCGAACAUCUUUUUGGAAACAGAAAGCGAUAAUAUGAGUUUCACUCAACGAUUAAAAAACACCAUUAUUGGAAUAAUGCAAUUGUAUGUAGAAAAUUACUUGUAUUUACCUAAAAUGAAGGAAAUAAUGGAUACUCACUUGACAUAUAAAGGAUGGCAAUCUAGACCUUCGCUUGAAGACAUGUUGAAUAAUGUGUCCUUAACACUAGUCAACGCUCAUUAUGCAAUCGGUAUAUCCAGGCCAUAUACUCCAGGUGUUAUUGAUGUAGGUGGUAUGCACAUCAAAGAAUCCAAACCUCUAUCUGGCGAUCUUCAAACUUUUGUGGAUUCGGCAGAGCAUGGAGUAAUUUAUUUCAGUUUUGGUUCGUUGAUUAACUUAAAUCACCUACCUCAAGAAAAAUUGAAUAUCUUUCUUGGAACAAUUGAAAAAUUAAAACAAAAAGUAAUACUAAAAUGGAUCCCAAAUUCUACUGUUAAAUUAUCUCAAAACGUUAUGACUGGUUCGUGGUUUCCUCAAAGUGAUAUUUUAGCUCAUCCAAAUGUCAAACUUUUCAUUACUCACGGAGGACUACAUAGUUUAGAAGAAACCGUUUAUUUUGCAAAACCUAUAGUUGCUGUACCAUUUUUUGGUGAUCAGUUUUUAAACAUGAAAUUUGUAGAGAGAAAAGGCUAUGGUAAACUAGUAGAUUUUUUCAAAAUGACUAAUGAAUCAUUCGGAAAUUCCAUCAAAGAAGUGUUGUCUAAUCCAAUGUUUAAAAAGAAUGUAGAAAUUCAGAGUCAGAUAUAUAGAGAUCAACCCAUGAAACCUUUAGAUCGAGCUAUCUACUGGAUUGAGUAUGUUAUUCGAAACCGAGGAGCUGGACAUCUAAAAAGUUACUCUGUGGAGUUAAAUGAUGUGCAGUAUUUUUUAUUUGACAUAGUAUUUUUUUUACUAAUACCAGUUGUAUGUAUAGUUUGGUCAUGUUAUUUAUUUAUUGUGAAAAUAACAUAAAAACUUUAUUAAAAUA